AGGGUAAUUUCCCAUUGGCAGCCAGCAAAACCGCAGAUAUCCGGUUUGGGCGCAGGGCCGCCGGGCGCGGAGGCCGCCAUGGUGCGAUUCAAACACAGGUACCUGCUCUGCGAAGUGGUGUCUGAUGACCCCCGCUGCCGCCUGAGUCUGGAGGACCGAGUGCUGGGCGGCCUCAUACGGGACACGAUCGCCCGCGUGCACGGGACUUUCGGCGCGGCCUCCUGCUCCAUCGGCUUCGCGGUGCGAUACCUCAAUGCCUAUACUGGAAUAGUGCUACUUCGAUGCCGGAAGGAAUUCUACCAACUCGUGUGCUCAGCUCUUCCUUUCGUCACAUACUUGGAGAACAAAGGACACCGUUACCCGUGUUUCCUCAACACCUUACAUGUGGGAGGUACAAUUAGAACAUGUCAGAAGUUCCUGAUUCGUUACAACAGGAGACAGCUGUUGAUCUUACUGCAGAACUGCACUGAUGAAGGAGAACGGGAAGCUAUCCAGAAGUCUGUCACCAGAAGCUGUCUACUAGAGGAGAGGUCAGAUGAGGAGGAGCUUUCAGACAAUGGCGGUGAGGAGGCUGCUGAAGCGAUGGAGUGAACCUCUCUGCAGGCUGUGCUGGGCCUGAGAUUCAGGGCCCACUUGUUGGAACAGGACAUUCUGGAGGGCAGCAGCAUCUGCUAGUUUGCCAAACUGAAUGACUGCGGACCAGAGGCCAAGGUACCAGCUCAAAAUGGAGGACUUGUUCACUUAAACUGAAGUCAUCUUUACCUAGCGCUGCCUGGUUAAGUGGUUCUGCAGGCGGUGAAUCCCCAGUGGUUACAGACGUCUCUAUCUAAUUGCCUGGCUGAGUAGGUUUAAUAAAAGUACGUGGUAAGG